AUGGUGAAGGGUGGCCAAGACUUUGAAAUUCAUUUAUGCCUCGCCAUACAUCCGGGACCCCAUGGCGGUUCCGUCGGUGGCCGUCGCUGCGCGGUAUUUGCUCCUGCUGCUCAUAUCUCUGAAUAUUCAAACCAUUACUCCGGAUUUCACCCUCUUUCCUGCAACACCUCCACUUCCUCCUCACCAACCUCGCCUCCCGUUCCAACUCCCUCGCAAACUCCUCCCUAA